AAAUUAAGUGUUGGGUUAGAAAGUGCGCAAGCGCAUUAUGUCUAUACAGAAGUGUGUUGAGUGGUAUUGAAUGUGUUAAGUUUGAUCACCCUGAGACAGCCAUUGUGUUAUUGUUGUUUUACGCAUAAAUCUUUCACAAUUCGUGAUUAUUAAUCUCGUAUCAUACUGAAAGAAAUUAAGAGCAUUAUUUUAUUCUAUAUUUUCUACGAUAUAGAAUAAUGACAGAUAGGUCAAGUAAUGGAGAUUAUCAGCAUGAUCGAGAGGAAUCCCCAGAAAAUAAUUCUAAUUUGUCGAUGAAAAAAGACCGAGAAGAAAAGGAUCAUCAAGUUGAUAAGGCCGGGGAAUAUGUAAGAGAACUUUUGCAAGAAAAAGUCGAAUUGGAUUCGCAAAAAUGGCCCAAUGCAACUCGCUUGAUUGAUCAAGAAAUACAAAAAACUCAAGCUAUUGGAAAGCCAUUAAGAGAUCCAAAAUAUGUAGAUAUUUAUCGUGAGAAACCAAUACGCAUUUCUGUUAAAGUCUUGGUUCCUGUUCGUGAACAUCCAAAGUUUAAUUUUGUCGGAAAACUAUUGGGACCAAAGGGAAAUUCUAUGAAACGUUUACAAGAAGAAACACUGUGCAAGAUGGCAGUUUUAGGAAGAGGGUCAAUGAAAGAUCGACAGAAGGAAGAAGAAUGUCGUAUGUCCUUGGAUCCAAAAUAUGCUCAUCUGUCGGAUGACUUACAUGUAGAAAUAACAGCAUUAGCACCACCAGCUGAAGCAUAUGCUCGUAUAGCAUUUGCACUUGCAGAGGUUCGCAAGUAUUUAAUUCCAGAUAAUAACGACAAUAUACGGCAAGAACAAAUGCGAGAAAUGGAACUUAGCAUGGCCGAUGAUUCAACAGUCGCAGAAGAUAGAAGACCUUCUAUUAGAGGUGUUCCUCCUGCAGCAAGUGGUAUUCUUAGACCUACUUCCAGGCCAACGCUGCCAAGAUCAUCAAGAGUUUCAGCGCCUGUUCUUCCUCCACCCUCUAAUCGUGGACCCAUCUCUCGACCAAUGCCUGCAAAGACUAAAAUUUUUUCAAUAUUAGACCGUGCACGAGCUGCCAUGGAUCAGAGUUAUGGCUAUGAGACUCCAACUCCGCCUUUAAAUAAUCGCGUAGGAACACAUGAUUAUGAAUAUCAUCCAUCUUCGACAACAAAUACUCGAUAUGCAGAUCGUCAUUAUACGUCGACUGCAAGUGACGACAUGUAUCCUACUUCGAGAUAUACUACCUAUGAAUACGAAGAAGAACCUGUGCCACAUACAUCACAUGAUUAUUACGAAAUGCCAGAGUAUCCAGAGGAUACAACAAGCCGCGCAUGGAAGUCAUACAAGACUACAACAACGUCAGGCUCGAGUUCGCGAUAUCGCAGCGCUCCAUACACACGACCUUCCAAGUAAACAUCUGCAAAAGUUUUUUAAUUUUCUUCUCGAUUUAAAAUUAUUCACCGAUUAAGAAAUAUUAUUUUUUUUAACAUUAUUGUUUCAUAGCCCUAAACCAUUGACGUGUUAUUUUCUUAAUAUACCCUAAUCUAUGAUAUGACGUAUAAUUAGAAACCCAUAAACGAGCAUAUACUAGAUCGGCUUUUAUUUAAACGGAAACAUAAAACUUAAUGUAAAUUAUGAUAAGGAAAAAUUAAAACUUUACGUUAUAUUUUAUACGUAAAGUACAUUUAGUUAUUACAAUACAAUUGGACUCAUUAUUUUUUUCUUAUUAUUUAGUAGUAAAUCAUAGAAAUCAUAUCGAGAUUUAUCUUUCUUGUCAUUCAUCUUACUUCAUUUACUUUUUAUCUUCUCCGUUUAUUAUUAAAGCCUUAUAUCAUUUUUAGAUGAGUAUUUCGCGGAC